AUGUUCACUUCCAAGCUGCAUAACCUGUGCCAAAAGCUGCGGUGGCCGGGGCCGGCCUACGCCGACCGGCGCGAGGGCCCGGACCACGCGCCGACUUUCCAUGCCACCGUGGCCGUCGGCCGCGCCGUGUUUCGCUCGCCGGCGGCACCCGGGCCCCGCACGCGCAACCAGGCGCGGGAUCUCGCCGCCAGGGCAGCCUUCGAGGUCCUCGCCGGCUGGGAAGCCCCUCCGCGGCUACAGCUACUGCCCGAAACACAAGUUCCUUACAAGUGUCAGUUGCAAGAUUAUGCUCAGAAGAGACAAAAAGAUUUACCAUUGUAUCACACCAUUCAGAGUGGUCCACUUCACCUGCCAAUGUUCAGGUCAACAGUCACCAUAGAUGGCCGCACUUUUGAAAGUCCGCAAGACUACAACACAAAAAAGAAGGCAGAAUCGGCUGCUGCGGCAGCUGCCCUAAUGGCAUUAGCUGACCAAGCAAAACCACUGGAGAAAAUGCUACUGUGCCAUGUAGCAGUGCUCAACGCCAAGAUACAUGGAGUUGAGAUAGCCAAGUUCAACCCCAUGUUGGUUCGAACAAGGCAAAAGCGUUAG